AAGUGUAGACCCCAUUGAUCAUUGGGACUCCCCAAGUGAAACUCGCCAAAUUAUCACAGUUCCUUAAAUUUGUUGUGUUCACUUAAAUUUGGUGUAAGUUCAUUGAGUUGCCAGGGACAUGGUUAAGAAGUCAGGAGCGGACUUGGACCUACCGGUGGCCAGUUGGCAUCGAGGACUUUCGAUCCCUCAGAUGCAGGCUGCUGAUGACCUGGGCGGUGCAUUGGGAUAUAAUAUCGGUGGCAUUCGGGACUGUCUGCUGCGGCUCGGAGUGCGUCCUUUGGUCAGAAACCGCCAGCUUCUUAGGAUUGUGCAAAUGAGUCGCGGCCAGAAACUGGCCUUCCUCUACUUUCUAUUCCAGGAACACUACAAUACCGGCGGAUCAUGCGGUAAAUACACGGUUAACGGGCAACUCCUUCUAUCGGCCGUCGCCUAUCUUGAUCUACCGGCCACUUUUCGAGCACUGGACAAAGUUCUUCCCUUUAACGAAAAUCGUAUUAGCAAAUCGAAUUCUCCACCGGACCCUCAAAAGAAGCGGUCUCGAAAGUCUUUCUGCCCAACGCCUAAUCCUUCGAUAUUUGAGUCUGUCACCCCCAAAGAUAUAGAAGAUAAGAUGCCUUUGGAUCUGCCGGCUACAUUUCGAGAACUGGACAGAGUUCUUUCCUCACAGCUGUCACAGCAAAAACGAUCGCUCAAUUCCGGAAAAAAAGUCAAGCCCUACUUUCAGAAGCAACCACGUCCCAAGUCCUUCCGCCGGUCCACCCAUUAUUCGUCGAAUUCUCCACUUUAUGAGGUGCAGAUUCCCAACGAGGUGGGUGAUCCGAGGGAGGAUGACGAUCGGUGGUUUGCCAAUUUCCAGUUCCAUCCGGUCCAGCGUACAGUGAAGGCGGUUAUCAAUCACGAGCUCUGUCAUCUAUUCGAUCAAAUAGACGAGGCGCCCAGCGAUCCUGCUCAGGAUCCAAGGGAUCUAUGUGAAUUCCACGAGGAAACUAGAUCCCAGGAGCGACAGGCGUUCCUGCUCAAGCAGCGAAUACGUUACCUGGAGAUGAUUGACUUGGAAGGCACUGAGAAGCGGCUCACUAGGGAGCGGAUUAUCAAUCACCUAAUGCGUGACGUGGAUGAGUACCUUAAGAAGUUUGGUGACAAGGGCUGGAGUCCAGGGGUGCCUGCUUUUCGGCAAAGCGACUGUGCCGCCUGCAAGGAGCUGGUGCACGUGAGCUUGGAAACUCCUCCCCAGGUGCUCCUCCUGGAGGGUGAAUGGGGACGUCUAUACGACAGGAGUGGUCCCAAGAUGCGGCUGUGUGCCGGUGAAGAUGGAAACGAAAAGCUCCACAAGAACAAGAUUUUAAAGAUGAACCCCGAAUAUUUCACGGCCCCCGGAUUCCACAGAGCCUACGCCUUUAACUAUCCUCGAGUAUUCGAAGAAGGCAGUAAGCAAUCUCUAACUACCAAAGAUGCCAUUGGAAAUUCCUUGGUAAAAUCAAUCGCUGCUGAUGAUGAUGAUGUGGCGCGGGAAAAAAAGGUACCCAGGACAGUUAGGAGCAGUCACAUCAAUGAAGCGGUCUCCCGAUGUGUGCGGAAAAUCUUCGAGAAGAGUCUGCUGACAGCACCGUGUGUGAUGACCGUGAAGAAUUCCAAGGAACGCCUCGUCUACGAUCGCAAGCGGAUAGAUCCAGAUGACGAAAAGUUCAUGGAUAAGAUGCUGGGCGAUGCCUUUAAAAUUUUGCGCCGCGAUUCCAGUCUUGUGCUGGCCAGCUUUCCCGAUGGUCACCAAAUUCCGGAGCUGCGAGAGUGGAUUAGGAGGAGAUUUGGCAAACGAUAUGGGCCACAAACCGAUGUGGAGGCUAAUAGGCUCAGGGACAAGGUGCAGAAUUUGUCGGAGAUGGAAAAGGAACUGAUUCCGCUGAUGGCUAACAUAGAUCCCCGGCUGGUUCGACAAAAUCCCGUCCCCUUUGCCCUGUACGAUGAAUUCAUGGGGGCGGCCAACAAGCUCAAGAAAUCCUUCCGGGAGGAAGUCUUCCAGAUAAUCCUCAAGCAAACCAGACUCUGCUGGCAGGCGCAGCACAAUCUGCGAGCCUACAACAGUUCCGGACUCCGACGCACUUUCUUCACAUAUCUGCCCAGCAGUUCCGCCAAUAGAGAACCCACCUUCAGUAUCUAUUUGGCAUACAAAAAUGCCUAAUCAGAAAGUACUUAGUACUAAAGCAGGCAGGUCAUCUUGAUCCUAAGUGUGAUCUUAUAAUCUUUUUCUAAGGCCAACAUAAUCAUUUUAAUCUCAGCAGAUAGAAUGAAUAUCAUUGAUCUUAGAUGGUAUCAUUAAAUAGGAUCAGGUUGAUACUGAAUAAUGUAUAUACAUUUUUACCGGUUAACCAUAGAUCUCAGUCAAAAUUUAAGAUUUUAUUCAUUGAUAAUUUUAAACCCUUUGACAAGAGAGCUUUUAUAUACAAGUAGUG